UCUUCCUGGGCAGAUGUUGCCGUCCCUCUGACUUCGUUUCUGGUCUUAUCCUUCCUCCCUGCUGCUGCUCCUCCAAGCCCAUCCUUUCAUCUCCGUCGCAAUGCCGUCUUCACCACCAUACUCGUGUCGCGGCUCGAUCUGCUGCUCCCGAGCGCAGCCACCUCGUCCCCGACCCCGAGCUCCCCUGCCUUCUUUUCCCCGUCAUCUCCGUGUUCCCUUCUUCUCUAUUUCACCCGUUUACUCACAUCUCCCUCUAUCUCUCUUGCUUUCUAUUACAGGGAGGCCGCCAUGGACGCCUAGGUCCUCCACUCCAAGCCUCCGACCCACACCCCGGCGGCCCUGCCGACGUCGACGCCUAGGAAGACCACCAUGCUCGCUGCAGGAGCUUCGAGCCGACCCCGCAGCAUGUAGACCUCCGCCGCCCGUCCGUCGUGGGGAAUCACCAGAUCCGGCCGGUAUCCGACCUGCCUCGCCAUCCUUCGCCCGUUCCCGGCGUAUCCCCGACGCCAGGAGCUCAGGCGAGCGCCGCCACAAGACUCUGCCUCCUCUGCUCCGGAGCCCGCCAUGGAGGAAUGCGCUGGGAGAGAGUCAUUCUCACUACUCAUGUCCAAUAUUUCUUCAAUGAAGAAGAUACCCGCGUGGACAACUCCAAGGAAUUUUAAACUCACAUUAUGCUACUUAUGUUUCAAAACUAUUUUUCAACAAUAAACUAUUCAAGUAUAAUAAACUUCAUAUAUUUGUAUUUUCAUGCUCAUAUUAUUAAUUGUAAUAUUCACGUUUCAUAUAAGCAAGUAUCAUCUAAACAUAUUGCCAACAAUUCCUGCAGCAACGCGCGGGGAAUUGUUUAGUUUUUACAAUACAUGGUUAACAUUCUUUCUAUACACAUUUAAUAUUUUUGAAAUGCUUGGUUAACAUUUUUAAAUACUUGUUUAGCAUUUUUUCAAAUGGUGGAUUAACAUUUUUAUAUACACGAUCAAUAAAAUUCGUCAUUUUUAAUACAUGGUCAAAAAAAAUUAUACACACAUUUAACAUUUUUCAAAUGCUUGAUUAAUAUUUUUCAAAUACUUGUUCAACAUCUUUUAUGAAUGCUUGAUUAAUAUUUUUAUAUACAUGAUCAAGUUUUUGUUGAAAUACUUGUUCAACAUUCUUGAAAUACUAUUUCAACAUUUUUCAAAUACUUGUUCAACAUGUUUCAAAUGCUUUUUGUAGACUGUCUUUUAUAUACAUGAUCAAAAUUUAUUGAAAUACCGGUUCAACCUUUUUCAAAUACUUUUUAAACAUUUUCAAAUACUUGUUCUACAUAUUUUAUUUUGAAUUCUUGAUUAACAUUUUUCUAUACAUGAUCAACAUUUUUAAAUACUUGUUCAACAUUUUUAAAUAAUUAUUCAACAUGUUUCAAAUGUUUUUGUAGACUUUUUGUAAUAUAUAUAUAUAUAUAUGUGUAUUUAAAAUAUUUGAAAGUAUAAACAAAAGUACAAAAAUAAAGCAAAAAACGAAAUCAGAAAACCUAAAAAAAUAGAGGAAAAUGUGGUUGUGGCUUCUCUCGCGCUUGGGCUGGCCCAAUCCGCCCUCUCCGAUUCGACCGGCCCGUCACACGAUUGGGCGCCACCCGUUAGACCGGCCCGUUUUGCUACGGGACUUGAUGGGCUGUACUUGCGCCUCGUAGGCAAAAAGGCGGAAUGGACGGUUCGUCGACUUGUGACGGCGACGGGUUUUACUGGAGCGGAGGCGCAUUUCCUUUUCGUCCUCUUCGCUCGUGGGAAGGCGCAGCAGGUCGGAGGAGGAAGCCGUGAGAAGUUGGCGAGAGAGGAGAUGGGGAAGGGCGGCGAGCUGUGGGACGACUCGGCGCUGGUGGACGCCUUCGACCACGCUGUCGCCACCUACAAGGCAAUGCAUGGCAAGAACAACCAAGCUGCUCCAUCUGAGAAACCAGAGUCAGAAGAUGUAGCUGCUGCUGCCGCUUCUGCUGCCGCGUACGCUGCCGCUGCUGUUGCAGAAGAACCUGUCUCUACUGAAGUGGCAGAUGAGCAAACAGAGAAAAAUGACAGCUGCACUAACUUACCCGUUGGCCCAGUGGAGACACCACAGCAGCCCUGCGAAGAAAGAAAGACCGAUAAGCAAGCUCCUCUUCGAGGAACUGAUCUGGGCAAAGAGACAAAUAUCUCUGAAUCUAAGACAUGCUUCUCUGAUGUCACCAAUACUGAGGGAAAGGAUAGCUCAAACCAGCAGACAGAGGACUACAAUGAAUUACUGAGGAAGUACUAUGAACUUGAGGUGCAAAGCCAGAAAGUUCUUGAGCAAUUACAUCAGACAAAUUAUUGGAAUUAUCAAACCCCUGAACAAUCUUCAGCAUAUCAACAGCAGCAAGUUCCUGCUUACAUUGCCACAGCACCAGACCCAAACUCUUCAACCACUCAAACCUCAUGCUGCUCCUUGAAUGUUCCCAUGGUUUCAAUCUCCUGCUGUUCAACUGGUCAACAAAGUGGCGAAUCCACUGGUAUGCCACCUAAUGGAGGCUGCAGCAUAUCAUUCACUUGUGAUCAUUGCCCUGGAGCAAGCACUACAUAUCCUACUGGUUCAGCCUUUACGCAGCUCCCAACUAAGGUAUCUACUGGCGAUGAUCAAGUUGCUAAGGCUGCAAUGAUGACUGCUGAAGGUGCCAUGAAUUUCAUGAGAAAUACAAUAUCUGGAGAUGCUGCCUCCUUUCCAAAUAUGAGAAAUGAAGGUGGAAUUGGAAAGGAGAAUAACACAACUGUGGGCAUGAACCUGAAUUUAGACACCACAGGAGCAAACAGUGAUCUCGCUGUCGUACUGAAUGCAUGGUAUACAGCAGGGUUCUACACUGGCAGGUACCUCAUGCAGCAAUCGAUGAAAAAUCCCCGAGAAAAUUGAGUGCCAAAAGCCAUAUAGUGGCUCACCAAGGAUCCCUUUCACUUCGGGAAGAACUGAAAUAUGCACUCAAAUUAUGAUGUAACUGAACAUGCUGAUGGAAUUCUGCAACCACUGUUUUAUGCCAGCCAGUACUUUUUCAAGCAAGUGUUAGGGUAUUCUUACAUAUGAAUAUGAAUUUGCUGUAAUUUGCAGUAAAUGCUUGUCUGGAUAGGUAAGGAUUAGCUCAAUCCCUUCAGAUUGGCAGGAAUUGUUGCCUGCCUAUUCAACUAAGUUCCAAGUGGGUAAAGAUGACGCGUUCAUGACCUUGUCGCUCAAAAUUUGUGAAAUACUACCCAGUAUCAAUAUAUAUUAGCUUAAUCCA